UUUCUUUAUAAUGAGAAUGAUGGAACCCUAAUGACUGUUGUGUAUCAAUUUUUAGCUCCUCCAUAAAAAAAAAAAAAAAACAGCCGGAAGUAGCUCAGGUGAAACAUUAAAGAAGAUGUAUCUCCAGUUUUACAUCAAUGAGAAUGGUGACAAAGUUUACACAACUAAGAAAGAGUCGCCACUGGGUUUGGCCACGCAAUCUGCUCACCCAGCCCGCUUUUCGCCGGAUGAUAAAUUUUCUAGGCAAAGAGUGCUUCUGAAGAAGCGUUUUGGUUUGCUUCCUACCCAAAAACCAGCUCAAAAGUACUAACCAUUUUUGGUCUCCAGUAUUGCUUUCUACUCGUAUUAUUAGGCUUCUCUGUCUUGCCGUCGUUAGUUGAUGUGAAUCAUUAAGUUAUGUAUUGUAACUUUAGUUGAUGUGAAAUGUUUUUUUUUGGUUUAUUGUGACUUAAUGGUGGAUGGAUGUCGUGGAAUUUUUCUUAUGAGGUUCCAUAAAUCUGGGGAGCCAAAGGGUGCUUCGAAUUUGUUCUA